AUGAAUGUAAGCGGUAAUGCGGUUGAGAAGAAGAUUUUAUCUUUAAAGACCCAAUAUAAAAGAGAAUUAAAUAAGUUAAAAACAAAGUAUAGAGCUGGACUAGAUGGGAUAACUCAUUCUAAUUGGUAUGCUUUUGAGUAUCUCCAUUUUUUGAAGGAUGUUAAUGGACCACAGCCUAGAACAAAUUCAUUAUUGAUAACUCAGACUGAAAAUAAGCUAGAUGAAGGUAUUACCGUUGAAAAUGCAAAUAGAAAAGAGCCUAUUUUAUCUUUCUCUCAAAGGCAAUCUCAGCCCAGAUGCACUUUAAAAAGAAAAUAUAAUACUCAGUUUGGCACAUUCAAUUUGUUAAAAGGUGCAUCAAAUGCUAUUAUUGAUAGGCAAAAAAAAGACAGCUUUUCUAUUUUUGGAGAAACAGUAGCAAGUGAAUUAAGAGACAUAAAAGAUAGAAGAGAAUUGUUAAUUCUAAAAAAAGAAAUAAUGGACCUAAUAUUUGAAACAAAGUACAGAAUUUUGGAGCCCGAAAAUAUUAUAUCUCAACCUCACUUUGAAGAGGAUUGA